AUGAUUGAUCCUGAACGACCCAUAGGAUUUAGUGUCUUCAAUAUUUCAACACACUCCUUUUCAGUACAUUGGAGGCAACCAUACGGACGGGUAGAAAGAUAUCAAGUGGAUCUCUUUCCUCAGCCUGGCUUUGUUUCUAUUAGAGAUCUUGGAGGUGGAGAGUAUCAGGCAGAUGUCUCCAGCGCUGUUCCUGGUACCACGUACACCGUAACAAUUUCCGCAGUGUCGUCUUCAGCCUACAGCUCCACUGACAGCAAGUCAUUGAUGACCAACGAAACCAUUCCAGGACCCCCUGAUAAUUUAGCUGGAGAAAGAGUGGGCUCUGCUGGAAUAUUGCUGUCUUGGUCUAUACCACGGAGUACAAAUGGCAAGAUUGUAGCUUACUCUGUCAUUUAUAGAGAGGUUUGCCCAUGGAUACAAUCAUCUUACACCCAAGUAGCAACAACAGCUGACAGUCUAGAAGUGCUCUUGACAAGUCUGACCCCUGGAACAACAUAUGAAAUUAAGGUGGCUGCUGAAAACAGUGCGGGAAUUGGAUCAUACAGUGAUGCCUUUCUGUUUAACACGGCAGAGAGCGCUCCAGGAAAAGUUGUGAAUCUAACUGUUGAAGCACUAAAUUCAUCUGCAGUAAAUCUUACCUGGUUUUUACCUCGACAACCUCAUGGAAAAAUUACCAGCUUCAAGAUAAGUGUUAAACAUGCAAGAACUGGAGCAAUAGUAAAGGAUACAACUGUAAAAGUGGAAGAAAUUUUGAAUGGAGCAUUGCCGGAGUGUACUGAUAAAAGUGAAUCAUUUUUAUGGCGCACAACUAGUGCUUCCUCAACCAGAGGUCUCUCUACAACCACUGCCUCGUUUGUAUCACGAGCAAUAACUUCUAGGACCUUUAAUGCCAUUUGGAAUGAACCAAUCACAUAUAUUGUAGGCCAGCUCAGACCAUACACAACAUACCUAUUUGAAGUUUCUGCUUUUACUAUUGAACCUGGCUAUAUUGACAGUACAAUUGUCAGGACACCAGAAUCAGUGCCAGAAGACCCCCCUCAGAAUCUGAUUAAAGGCAAUAUUACUACAAGGUCAUUCUCUGUGACAUGGGAUGCGCCAACCAUUGUGACAGGAAAAUUUAGCUACAGGGUUGAACUGUAUGGUCCAUCUGGUCGAAUUCUAGACAACAGUACAAAAGAUCUAAAGUUUACUUUUACUAACCUUACGCCUUUCACAACCUACGAUGCAUAUAUCAGUGGAGAAACAAGUGCAGGUGUUGGGCCCAGAGCCAACAUAUCUGUUUUCACUCCAGCCGAAGCACCCAGCGCUGUAUCUGAUUUAAAUGCCAAAGAGGUGGAAGCCAAUUUUAUAACUGUUAGCUGGCGACGGCCAUCACAGCCAAAUGGCAUCAUCACACAGUACAGAGUCAGAGCUUUUGUUAAGGAAACGGGAAUGGCCAUUGAGAAUACAAUUCUCACAGGAAAAUAUAAGUACAUCACUAACACCGAUUAUGAGAUUUCAACUGCAGUAAAUGAAUAUACCAAAUCGUUAUUUUUUGGCCAUGCAAAGGAAGCGAUGACUGGAACGUAUGAAGGAUCAGCUGACAUUUUUUCCACAGUCCAAACUAUGCCCCCUGUGGCAUUCUACAACAAUCCAAAUGGUGACACAGUUUUUUUUUUUCAAGCAUAUGUUAUAUUUUAUAACAUACUGUCUUCUCUGUUACUAGCUACUGAGAAUGUGCAAUAUGGAAUCAACAUUGAGGCUGAACAGCUGUCCUACACUGUUGAGAAGCUUGCACCUUUUACUGACUAUACAAUUAGUGUGUCUGCUUUUACAACCGUUGGAGAAGGACCACCAACAGAUAUAGUCAUAAGGACAAGUGAACAAGUUCCAAGUUCGGUAAAUAACAUAAGCUAUUAUAACAUAAGUUCAACAUCAGUUAUGGUAUACUGGGAUCCACCUCUGGAGCCUAAUGGGAUGAUAACCCACUAUACAGUCUAUGCAAUGGAUCUAACUACAAGAGAGGCCUUUCAUGUGAUAACCAGCAACACAAGCAUCCUCAUACAAGGCUUACGAAAGUACACAGAUUACAAGAUGCGUGUUGCAGCCUCAAAUACAGCAGGUGAAAGUUCCCUUUCUGAAGAAAAUGAUAUUUUUGUAAGAACUUUAGAAGAUGUUCCAGGAUCACCACCUCAGAAUUUGGUUUCAACUGGUGUAAAUGCAACUUCCAUUAGUUUGGAGUGGUCCCCACCUUUAGAACCCAAUGGAAUUAUUACACUUUAUGACAUCAUCUACACAAACUCAACACUUAUACUCUCACAAAACACCUCUACAACAAGCUGCACCUUGAUUGAUUUAAAUCCAUUCACCCUUUAUAGAAUUUCUGUUCGAGCUUACACUAUGUUAGGACAUGGAAAUCAGUCCACACCAGUUCUUCCUAUAAAAACCUCAGAAACUGCUCCAAGUAGUCCACCAUAUGAUUUGCUCUACAGAAAUCUCUCUUCCUCCAGAGUAUUGCUUACAUGGAAGCCUCCUGUUCAUGCCAAUGGAAUUAUAUUGUUUUAUAAAAUCAUCUACUGGAACUCCUCUCAUACUCUUACAAGCAACAUCAGUGAGGCCUUAAUUGUUUUGUCAGAUCUCAAGAAAUAUUCCCAGUAUCAGGUUAUUGUAUCUGGUUAUACAAUACAUGGAGAUGGAAACCAGUCAAGUGAAAUGCUACACAUCACCACCAUGGAAGAUGUUCCUGAUGAUCCACCUCAUAAUCUGUCCUACCGAACUUUAAACUCCACCUCCAUACAGCUGUUUUACUCUCCACCUUCUUCCCCCAAUGGUGUUAUUAAAUAUUACUCAAUCACGUGUCUUGAUGCUGCAGGGAAAGCUCAGUAUUUCAAUAGUAGUGAAUGUUCUAUAAUCCUUAGCAACCUGAAAAAGUUUACUGAAUAUAUUGUCAGUAUUAAAGCCAGCACAUCUGUGGGAUCUGGAUCAAGAUCAAGUAGUCCACUCUUUGUAAGAACUGGGGAAGAUGUACCUGAUAGUGCUCCAGAAAAUAUAACAUACAGGAACGUUUCAUCAACAGAAAUAAUUGUCUCCUAUUCCCCACCAUCCAUACCAAAUGGAAUAAUAAUAUAUUACACAGUGUACAUAACAUGGCAGAAUGGAACAGUAGAGAGUGCAACAGACACGCCUCAUCUAACACACAGCAUUUCAGGUUUGCGCAAAUAUACCAGUUAUAUCCUGAAAGUGUCUGCUAGCACUGUAAAAGGGGAAGGUGUACACAGCGAGCCACAAAACAUUAUCACAGAGGAAGAUGCUCCAUCAACUCCACCACGUUUUCUUGGUAUAAAAGAGAUGUCUAGUAUAAUUGUAAAGUUAUCAUGGCAACCACCUCUGGAGCCAAAUGGAAUUAUACUCUUCUACACAGUUUAUAUCUGGGAUGACAUGUCUAACAAAACUAUCAAUGUUGAAGAAACCUCUGUGAAAUUCCAAGACCUGGAGAGCAAUCAUGAAUACAGUGCAUAUGUCACCUCUAGCACUCGAUUUGGAGACGGAAAUGUUAGAAGUGAUAUUUUAAAAUUUAAAACUUUAGAAGGAGUUCCAAGUGACCCACCAAGAAAUCUGUCGUACAAAAACAUUAGCUCCUCUUCAGUUAUGAUUUUCUGGAGUGCACCCAUAAAACCAAAUGGCGUUAUACAGUAUUAUUCUUUAUAUUACCAGAAUUCUUCCCAAACAUACACCAGGAACCUCACAUCCAAUGAUUUCAGUUUUGAUAGUAAUGGUUUUAUAGCCAUAAUUGAUGGUCUUGCAAAGUUCAGCCACUACCAGUUCUGGAUUACUGCAAGCACUAUAUUUGGAGAUGGAAACCAAGCUAGUGAGAUUAUUGAUGUUAACACAGAGCAAGAUGUACCUGAAACACCACCUAUGAUCAGAGAAUGCAAAAACCUAACGUCUACUUCAGUCUUGUUAUCGUGGGAUCCCCCAGAACGUCCAAAUGGUAUUAUAACUGGUUACUACAUACAGAUUUAUGGACCACAGGGAAACAAGUCUUUUCCUGAUACUAUGCAAGUCUCCAUCACUUUAAAGGAUCUUGAACCAUUUACCCAGUAUUUUAUCUUUGUUGCUGCAAGAACAAUAAAAGGAACGGGUCCUUCUAUCCAGCUUCCAUUUCUCACAGAUGAAGCAGAGCCAUCAGUACCUCCUUACAAUCUGACUUUCAUCAAUGCAAGUGACAGCUUUGCUUGGUUGCAGUGGAGGCCUAGUCCAAGACCUAAUGGUAUUGUGCACAUGUACAGCUUUCAAAUUGUGGAAAAUAGCAGUCAGUCUAUAUUCUUUCAGAAUAUAUCAGGAGCUCAGACAGAAGGAAAGCUUACCAAUUUGGACCCAUUUAAGACCUAUGUAGCCAGUGUAUCUGCUUUUACAAAAGCAGGGAAUGGUAAUCAAUAUAGCAAUACUAUUCAGUUCACAACAGAAGAGUCAGCCCCAGACUCGGUCCAGAACAUGCGUUGUGUGGCAACAAGUUGGCAGUCCAUCUUAAUUCAGUGGGAUCCACCAGCUCGCCCAAAUGGAAAAAUAACUCAGUACGUCCUAAUAUUUCAAAAUGUUGCUACCUUUGUUCUCGCUACUGAUAAUGCCUACACCUUCAGGGAUCUUCUAUCCAAUACCACAUAUAACUUCUCUAUUCAAGCAGCAAAUUCUGCUGGGGAAGGAAAGGAGGACAUAUGCAAUGCAACAACAAAGUCUGAAGAAGUCCCCAGUGCUCCACGACAUGUUACUUUUUUAAGUAUUGACUCUACAAGUGUCACAUUGCAGUGGAAUAGACCAUACCCGACAAAUGGGUAUUUAAAGAACUACAAAAUCACAGCUCAGCUUCUUUCCACUGAAUGUUAUGACUGGAACUUUGGUGAAUGUGUUGAGACAAGCAAGGACUUCUACUCGUAUGGAGACAAUAUUGUUGAGAAGACAAUUUAUGGCUUAAAAAAGUACAGAUGGUAUAGAUUUAAAGUUAGUGCUAGCACUAAUGCCGGAUAUGGUACAUCCUCACCGUGGAUAAAUGUGCAAACUUUAUCUGGUCCUGCAGAAGGACCUCCACAAAACAUAAAUGUUGUUGCUACCUCCCCACAGAGUAUUAAUAUCAGCUGGAGUGGGCCAGCCAUCAUAACUGGACCAACGUCAUAUCUAAUCAACAUAUCUACGGUCAAUGGUGCAGACUACAGUAAAGAGUUUGUACGGUGGAGUAAUGAAAGUAAAAGCAUUGAGGUGACAGGCCUGAAGCCAUUUACAAGCUACUCUAUAAUAGUUACAGCCUUUACUGGAGAUCUGGAAUCAGCUUUUACUGAAGGGAAGUCCAGUGAUACUGUGAUUGCUACCACUCUUGAGGCAGUGCCAACCGAUCCUCCUAAGAACAUAACAAUUGAAAAGAUACCAAAUGAAGUGACCAAAGUUCAGAUGACCUUCAUUCCACCAGCAGAGCCUAAUGGGAAAAUUCAAAUGUUUCAAGCACUUGUAUACAAAGAAGAUGAUCCGACAAAGACCCAAAUCCGCAAUCUAAGUAUCGUUAGGCGAGAUGACCAAUCUGUAACUGCUGUUAUUGAAGGACUUAAAGGCGGCUAUACAUAUAACAUUAGUAUAUAUGCAGUCAAUGGGGCUGGAGCAGGACCAAAAAUACAAAUGAGAGUUACUACAGAUGUAAAAGAACCACCUCAUCCCAUAAUGAAACCUGUGCCCAUUUAUGACUCAAGUGGGAGUGUUGUGGCUACAUCAACUACCAUUACUGUUAAAAUGCCAAUAUGCUACUUCAGUGAUGUUAAUGGGCCAAUUAAAAAAAUUCAAAUUCUUGUUUCAGAAAGUGGAGCUCAACAUGAUGGAAAUAUCACCAAGUGGCAUGAAGCCUAUUUCCAAAAACCCAGACCAUAUUUUACAAAUGAAGGCUUUCCAAAUCCACCAUGUUCUGAUGGGGCAAACCGUUUCUUCAGCAAGCAGGAAGUAUAUGUCAUUGGAGCUGACAAUACCUGCCUGCUACAGGAGUUUUGUAAUGGACCCCUAAAGCCAAGAAAACAAUAUAUAUUUAAAUUUAGAGCUACAAAUUUUAAAGGGCAGUAUACAGACUCUAAUUAUUCUAUUCCUAUAAAAACAUUAGCUGAUGGACUAUCAGAAAGAGCUGUAGAAAUUAUCUUAUCUGUUACCCUUUGUGUGCUUUCUGUUAUCCUUCUCGUAGCUGCCAUCUAUGCCUUUGCAAGAAUUCGACAGAAACAAAAAGAAGGUGGUACAUAUUCACCACGAGAUGCUGAAAUAGUUGACACUAAAUUCAAGCUUGACCAGUUCAUCACAGUGGCAGACUUGGAGCUUAAGGAUGAGAGAUUAACACGAUAUUCAUCAUUUUUCUUUAGACGCAAGGACAUAUAUGUCAUUCAGUUACUUAGUUAUAGGAAAUCACUCAAGCCUGUGGGUAAGAAAGCGUUCCUGCAGCAUGUUGAGGAGCUAUGCGCUAAUAACAACGUAAAGUUUCAAGAAGAAUUUUCGGAACUUCCUAAAUUUCUUGAAGAUCUUGCAAUCUCCGAUGCUGAUCUCCCUUGGAACCGGUCAAAGAAUCGCUUUACAAACAUAAAACCAUAUAACAAUAACCGUGUAAAACUAAUCGCGGAUGCUGGUGUGCCAGGCUCAGAUUACAUCAACGCGAGCUAUGUGUCUGGGUAUAUUUGUCCUAAUGAAUUCAUUGCUACACAAGGACCGCUGGCUGGAACUGUGGGGGAUUUUUGGAGAAUGGUUUGGGAAACGCGUGCAAAAACUGUAGUCAUGCUAACACAGUGCUUCGAAAAAGGCAGAAUCAGAUGUCAUCAGUACUGGCCAGAGGACAACAAACCAGUGACAGUUUUUGGGGAUAUUGUGAUCACUAAAGUUGUUGAAGAUGUUCAAAUUGACUGGACUAUUAGAGACCUUAAAGUGGAAAGGCAUGGAGAUUUUAUGAUGGUUCGUCAAUGUAAUUUCACCUCCUGGCCAGAACAUGGAGUUCCAGAAAACACUACUGCUUUAAUUCAUUUUGUAAAGAUGGUUAGAGGAAGCAGACCUCACGAAAAUACACCAACAAUCGUACAUUGCAGUGCGGGAGUUGGACGAGCAGGAUUGUUUAUUGCACUGGAUCAUUUAAUCCAACACAUUAACCAUCAUGAUUUUGUGGAUAUUUAUGGCCUUGUAGCGGAGCUUAGAAGUGAAAGAAUGUGUAUGGUACAAAAUUUGGCACAGUAUAUAUUUUUACACCAGUGUGUUCUGGACUUAUUAGCAAGCAAAGGCAGUAACCAGGCCAUCUGCUUUGUUAAUUAUUCUGCCCUUCAGAAAAUGGACUCCUUGGAUGCCAUGGAAGGUGAUGUUGAACUUGAAUGGGAAGAGACAACAAUGUAGAGUAUAAGAAAGCCUGUCUUUAUGUGGCAGAAGCCAAAACCACUCCUUCCUAUGGUUAAGACAAGAGCAGUGAAGGAAAGAUCAUACAAACUCUAUUAAUGCUGUGCCUUAGACUACUGAUGGUGGUGAUGUUAUGUGCACAGAACAGAGGACAUUCAACUGUUUGCACUGCUGUGGUCUCAUUGUCAUGUCAUUUUUUUUAUCUUGAAAGAGAUAAAACAGAGCCAAAUGCAAUGUAUAGUAUUACUGUCCUCUGUGUGGAUAUUCAAGAUUGCGUCAUAUUUGCUUUUUGGAUUUGCUGUCUAAUUAAAAACACAAUCUGUAAUUGGGUAUUGCAAUGGCCGAUUUUCAUUGUAGAUACAUAUUUUAUAUAUGUGCUUGUAUUUUGAAUUUUGAGAUCCCAAACUCUGAUCCAGAACAGCUGAAGAGUGACCCUAUGACACUACUGAAAUAUUUUGGCUUUUGCACAGCACACAGUAGCUCAUCGGGGAUACAUGGGGCUAUGAAGUUGCGACUGCCAAUCUUUUUACCUUUCCUCUUUCGUUGUUACUGUAUAUACUUGCUGAUGAGGUACUUCGUGUAUCUCUUCUUUUUUACAUUGUAGAAUAAAGGUUUGAUUUAUGAUA